AUGCCAAUAAGUGGCCAGGGCUCGGGUGGUGAGGGCCAUUCCGGGACUCAACUCGGAGCUAAUCAGGAUGCCCAUCAGCCUCAAGAAGUGAACCGGGAAGCCGAGGGGCUAAAUGAGCCGAUCUCCUUCAAGCGAAAACAAAAACAACGAUCACGGUUCAGUUUGUCCAGCCUUCUCUCCCCUCCAGCCGGCGCAUCGGAUACUGGCUUUGGCUCUCCGGCGCCGCAAGGUGGUCAGAAUGGCGAUGCGUCGCCCCUCGAUCCUUAUGCGCCGAUAGGAUUCAAUGGCAGCGCUGAAGGAUCAAAAGAUGGUACGCCACUAGACUGGUACGUGGAAGGCCCGGGACGACGUGUGGGUUAUGACGACUUCACCGCUAUCGAUUGGAUCUAUGAGUAUACCAAGGAGCGGCAAAGGAAGCGGCUUCUUUACUCGAGUGGACAGGGUAUACUGGGCCAUGCUCGUCGACUCCUUGAUGCAAGCAAUGUCUGGUUGGUGUUGAUUGCGACUGGCAUUGCUGUAGGAAUAAUCGCUGCUUCUAUCGAUAUUGCAACGAAUUGGCUGGGUGAUUUGAAGUCCGGGUUUUGCAAAAAUGGAAGUGGAGGUGGCAAGUUCUAUCUAAACAAGAGCUUUUGCUGCUGGGGUCUCGAUGAUCACUCCAAGUGUCUGGACUGGACACCUUGGGGGAAUGCGUUAGGAGGGGACUCCAAUGCAGGAACAUAUACGGUUGGAUACAUCUUCUAUGUUGUGUUUUCGGUUUUCUUUGCUGCGUGUGCUUGCUUUCUGGUGCGAAAUUAUGCUGUUUACGCUCGACACAGUGGUAUCCCCGAGAUCAAAACGAUCCUAGGUGGAACUGUAAUCCGACAUUUCAUGGGGCCCUGGACGCUGGCCAUUAAAUCAUUGGGCCUGUGCCUUUCUGUAGCAUCCGGUCUAUGGCUAGGCAAAGAAGGUCCACUUGUGCAUGUUGCAUGCUGCUGCGCGAAUAUUCUGAUGAAGCCUUUCGAGAGUCUGAAAGGCAAUGAAGCACGCAAACGAGAGGUCCUUUCAGCGGCUGCCGCGGCAGGUAUCUCAGUCGCAUUCGGGGCACCCAUCGGAGGUGUUCUUUUUAGUUUGGAGCAACUUUCAUAUUAUUUCCCAGACAAAACAAUGUGGCAAAGCUUUGUCUGUGCCAUGGUAGCAGCUGUUACCCUGCAAGCCUUGAACCCAUUCCGGACAGGUAAUAUUGUGUUGUAUCAAGUAACCUACACUCGAGGCUGGCAUCGCUUCGAAAUUAUCCCAUUCAUUAUUCUUGGCAUCGUUGGCGGCCUCUACGGCGCAUUCCUGAUCCGCCUGAAUACGAGAAUCACCAAGUGGAGGCGAGCUCGAACUUCCUCCCGGCCAAUCAUCGAAGUGGUUGUCGUGGCUCUCAUUACAGCUUUAGUCAAUUAUCCAAAUCACUUCAUGCGGGCUCAGAACUCAAAGCUUGUUCAGUCGCUAUUCGCAGAGUGCAACAGUGUGACAUAUGAUCGAUUUGGUCUAUGCGCAACGGGAUCUGCCUCAAUUGGCGUGGCUAUUUACCUGGUCAUAGCUGCUUUACUAGCCUUUUUCUUGGCUUCCAUGACAUUUGGACUUGAGAUUCCUGCGGGUAUUAUUCUUCCUUCGGUCGCUAUCGGUGCUCUUUAUGGGCGUUCUCUGGGCAUUAUAGUCCGCUUGUGGCAAGAAUCUUAUCCGAAUGCAUUCAUGUUUAGCAAAUGCGAACCAGACAUUCCCUGCGUCACACCUGGCUUGUACGCAAUUAUCGGGGCUGCUGCUGCUCUUGGUGGUGCUACUCGAAUGACUUUGUCAAUUGUCGUUAUCAUGUUUGAAUUGACUGGCGCGUUAACCUAUGUGAUCCCGAUCAUGAUUGCCGUGAUGUUAUCCAAGUGGUGUGGUGACAUCUUUGGAAAGCGAGGUAUCUACGAGUCAUGGAUUCGACUAAACGAGUAUCCUUUCCUCGACCAUCGCGAUGACACCACUCCGCCAGAUGUAUCUGCUCACCGGGUCAUGACAACGGUGGACGAUAUCAGCGUCAUUACUGCCACUGGUCACACUAUUGCCUCGAUCCGCAGUCUGCUAGCUAAUACUACAUAUCGCGGGUUUCCCAUAGUCUCAGACACCUCGAGUCCCACUCUGCUAGGCUAUAUCACUCGCAAUGAGCUUUCUUUUGCUCUGAAAUACUCAACCUCUUCUACCACCCGCAACCUCUCCGAGGAGACACAAGUCUUCUUCUCGCAUCAACCGUUUGCGGACCCUAUUGAUACCCUUGACCUACGGCCAUGGAUGGACCAGACACCGAUGACCUUGAACAGUAACAUCACUUUCUUGAUUGUUUUACGAAUGUUCCAACGUCUUGGCUUGCGUUAUGUGCUGUUUGCCAACAAGGGCAUUCUACAAGGACUACUGACCAAGAAAGAUGUCUGGUCGGUGCUGAAUGGCGUGGAGUUCCGCCGUGAAGAAGACGUUCGAGACGAAGAAUUCCGGAGUUUCGAAAAUCAUACUGAGGCUGAAGAGGUUGGUUUGCUUGAUGGGAAUGAUACCUCCAGUCUUGGUAGUUCGUUGAGGCGGGAUUCUCUUUGA